AUGUUUAACAACCCUGCCUAUGAAAAAGCUAUAAAGGUGCGGCGUUAUAUGGACUCAAGGCCCUUGGUUCGGCAGGGUGCCUUGGCUCAAAGAAGGUCAAAUUUCCAUGGGAACCAAUUUCCUUUAACAUCUGAGGCUGCAAGGAAGGCUGCAGUUGCCCCCUUUCGCAAUAGAAAUUUUGGUCGUAAUUUCGUGGGUAAUUCAAAUAAUGCAAGGUAUAAUGCUAUGCAAUUUGGUAAAUUUGAUGAACUCUGUCACAUGGUAUUCCGCUUAGUAGUUUCCUCACAUAGUUUUGUGGAAUUCCAGUAUAUGACUGGUUGGGUUACAAGUGGCCCAUCUGGAUAUUCUCAACCUGUGCCUGGAGUCUUCUGUUGCUUGGACGGCAUGAGAAUUGGUUCUCAGAGCUUCAGAUCUGCUGCCUACGUUGAGUUUUUACAAGUUCUGAUUGAUUGUGAUGCAGUUUGGAGUGGAGAGUAUUCUAUUGGAUUCAGGGCUGGAGGUUUUAUAGUUCAGAGGAGGGCUACAAAUGGAGCCUUUGCUACGAAGUCAUCUCCACACCAGAACCAACAACAGCUGCAAGGGGAUGGAGGUGCUAAGCAGAGGCCUCAAACAUUGGAUUCACUGUUUGCUAACAUGAAGGAGCAGAGGACAAAAGUCUUUUCACGGCAAAACAAUGCUAUGCGAUACAAUGGUGGCGGCAGGCGGCCAAGGGUGCCUUGGGCGAGAGGCCGAUUCUGA